GACUGGGAAGUUACCGGAUGAUUCUGAUCGGGGUCUCAGUGGUCUUCUUCCUGCUCUUCCUUCUCAUCUUCCUUUUUCUCCGAUGGAGAUGUCAGGACAAAUGCAGGACAGAAGUCCAGAGUGAAAUCACUGACAUACAACUUCCUGAAGACUCUGAGGAGCCAGUGCCCAGGGAGAGAGGUCCUCAGAAGAGAUCCUGCCCAGCUACUGCCAUCAAGAAAGAAAUCAAGUAUGCUUCUCUGAAGAUCCCACAGCCAAAGUCCAGCAUGGAGCUGUACAGUCUGAACCCACCUAAUGAAGACCCCCUGAAAGAGAUGUACACCCAGGGCAAACCCUCCAGGCUCGGGAGGGCAGGGGCCACCUCUCCUCCUUCUACCUUGUCAAGUGAAUUACUGAACUCAAAGAACAGGGAGUCGAAGACAGAGAUGAACAGAGAGGCUUCUGUGUCUGAGGGUCCUCAGCAUGUGUCCUAUGCUCACCUGUGUAUCAUGACACCAGGAAAGGCACAGCUGAGCCUCCUGCCUCCCAGUCCAAAAAGUGAAAGAUGAGACCAGGCAGCCCUGUGCUCUGGUGUCCCUGAGCCCAAGAAGACAUUGAACCCACAUCUCAUGGAGAGUCACUCAAGGACACCUGAGAGACAGGGUCUGCCCUGAGUGGACAGCGACCUUUCAGAACCCACCUGUCUCCAGGAGAUUCUGGGAAUUUUGUGGUCUCCAUUUUAUUGUUCAGUAGAGAUACUAGUGUUUCUGAAUUUUGUAAAUAAAGCCAAAGACUUGUCACUAAUCAAAGAAUGAAAUGAGAAAAAGAAAAGUAGAUUAA